CAAACGCCUUAUUCUUAAAGCGAAAUCACAUAGUAUUAGUGAGUAGGCUGCCUUUUCUCUCUUCUUUCUCUGUUGCGUUUUGUGAAAUCUAAUUCGACAUGGCGUCACGGGACAACAAGAAGGCGUCCAGCAGCCGAGCCGGCCGAAUUCGCACCCUCUCCGAUCUGAACCGUCCCUCCGCCGAUUCCGACAGCGACUCCGAUGGCCCUCAGGAGUAUUACACCGGCGGCGAAAAGAGUGGAAUGCUUGUCCAGGAUCCUUCAAAGGGAAAUGAUGUGGAUGAAAUUUUCAAUCAAGCUAGGCAACUUGGGGCUGUUGAAAGGCCUCUUGAUCAGCUUCAGGAGCCUCCAAGGUCAACUAGCUUUACUGGAACUGGCAGGUUACUCUCAGGGGAAACUACACGAUCUACUAAUAAUCAGCAACCUGAGGCUGUUGUUCAUAACAUUGUUUUCUGGAGUAAUGGUUUCACUGUAAAUGAUGGACCAUUGAGGAGUUUGGACGAUCCUCAAAAUGCCUCAUUUUUAGAGAGCAUAAAAAAAUCUGAGUGUCCCAAAGAGCUUGAGCCUGAAGAUAGGAGGUCAUCUGUUAAUGUUAACCUCAUACGGAGGAAUGAGAACUAUCGUGAACCCGAAAAGCAGCAUGUUGCAUUUCAGGGAGUGGGAAGAACUCUUGGAAGCAGCUCUACAUCAAUGGCUCCUGACUCUCCUGCUGCCUCAACACCUACCAAUGCAGCGCCAACUCCUUCUGCUGGUCUGGUAGUUGAUCAAUCAUUGCCAUCAACCUCAAUACAACUCAGGUUGGCUGAUGGAACCCGCUUGAUAUCACAUUUUAAUUACCACCACACAAUCAGCGACAUCCGUGCCUUCAUUGAUGCAUCUAGACCUGGGGGUCGGCAGAAUUAUCAACUUCAGUUGAUGGGUUUCCCCCCAAAGAUUCUAAUUGAUGAAACUCAGACUAUAGAGCAGGCAGGACUGGCAAAUUCAGUUGUCAUACAGAAAAUUUAGCAAACUGCUGCUUCAUGCAGUUUGUCAUUGCUGGCUAAGUGCUCUGCAUUAAAGGGAUCCAUUUUUAAUGGGGGCUUCUAGAUGUGAGGUACUGUUAUUUACAAAAACAGAUAGGACCCCCCCUAAUGUUGGGGCGACAUUUUCUUUUGUUGCUCAAAGUUUACCAAGUAUUUGCUUUGGGACCAGUUGAAUGGCUUAGCUUUGGACCUAUUUCAUGUUAUGAUGAUUGUGUUGUGUGUCCUCUUUCUGACUGGGCCUAGUGACUGAACUUGAUAAUAUAUUGAACACACCACUGAAAUGCAGGAUAACCCUAAGUCACACAUGUCAGUUUUUUGAA